AUGACCACCACCAACAUAACCACCAGCUCACCUAGUUGCCAACAUCAACAAAACCUCACCACUACAGCCAAAAUCGCGACAACCAACACCCAAAUACAACAAAAAUCAUAUCCAAAAUUACCACCACUAUUACCCGUAGCACCACCACCAUCACCGCCCCAAGCAAAUUCACCACCAUCACCCCCACCUCAUCACCAGUACGAGGCAACAAGAAAAUCACCACAAAGCAGAUCUAAUCAGGCUGGAGAUGACCUCACCGUUUCUGAAAACCACGGCAGCAUGAAACCACCCCAAGUUGUUGUGUCAUGA